GAUUUCUUGCUGCCCACGUUUGGCGCUGGUUUCCUGGCGGUUUGUCUGUUUUCGGUGCGUGGAGCGAGUGGGAGGUGAUGGGAACUUCCCGGAAAGAGGGAAAUCGCGGGCCCGACCUCAGCCGCGGUUCUGAGGGACAGAGACCCGGUGACGUUCAGAACAGCCGCGCCCAGGGCUCCGCCGGGCCCAGGACUCCAAUGGCAGCCCCCAUGCCGAGAGACGCGGCUCAGCUGAUGUGUGGGACAUUCCAGGAUGUGGUCAUUUGCUUCUCCCCUGAGGAGUGGAAGUUCCUUAAUGUGGCUCAGAGGCACCUGUACCUCAGUGUGAUGCUGGAAACCUUUGCACUUAGAACUUCCAUAGGUUGUGGACACAGAGUAGGCCGUAAGGAGGCCUGUGGGCACAGUGGUUCUGUGGCAGGUGUGUCACUCUCCAGGACUCCAGCGGCAGAUGAUUCCAACCUGAGGGCUUGUCCCUGUGUUGUCUGUGCUUCAGUCUUGAAAGACAUUUUGUGCCGGGCUGUUCCAUGUGUGCAGAAGCUGUCCUGGGAUGGGGCGUGUGCAAGCCUUUCCAAGCACCAGAGGCUUCUCAGUGCCAAGAAACCUUUUAAGAAGGACACAGCUGGGACCUCACUGUGGAAAAGCUAUGAGUUUUUUGUGUCAGAGAACUACUUCAGUAGUAACAACCUUUGGGAGAAUUUCCCAUCUUUUUCUGAAUUUCAGCCCCUCCUCACCAUCCUUAAUGGUGAGGAGACAAACAGCUGUGAGUUUGGAGAGGCACCAAAUGGUACAGAAAGCUACUGCAAAUCGUUUGUGUGCAGCAAAGCUCCUAUCCACAAAAAGAUGCCUAUUUAUAACCUAAGACACAACAUGGGGAACAAUGUCUGUGAGCCUACCAAGAGUAAGCCAUUGUGCCUUGAUAAUCACUCACUUGCUCAGCGCCAGAGUGGUCAGACUAGAGAAAAGCAAUAUGAGUGUAAGGAAUGUGGAAAGUCCUUUAAGGAAAGAAGAUCUCUUACUGAACACCAGAGAAACCACACUGGAGAAAGGCCUUAUCAGUUUAGAGAAUGUGGGAAAUCCUUUACACGUAAAAGUGCCCUUAAUUUGCACUUGAAAGACCACACUGAAGAAAGACCUUAUGUGUGCACCGAAUGUGGGAAAUCAUUUAAGAGAAAAACUACACUUAAUGUACACCACAGAAGCCACACUGGAGAAAGGCCUUAUGAAUGUAGAGAAUGUGGGAAAUCAUUUAAAUGUAAAGGUGUCCUUACUACACAUCAGAGAGUACACACUGGAGAAAGGCCUUAUGCGUGUAGUGUUUGUGGAAAAGCCUUUAAGAAAAGAAAUGUCCUUACUGUGCACAUGAGAAGCCAUACUGGAGAAAGGCCUUAUGAGUGUAGAGAAUGUGGGAAAUCAUUUAAAUGUAAAAGUGUCCUUACUAUACAUCAGAGAGUACAUACUGGAGAAAGGCCUUAUGCGUGUAGUGUUUGUGGAAAAGCCUUUAAGAAAAGAAAUGUCCUUACUGUGCACAUGAGAAACCAUACUGGAGAAAGGCCUUAUGAGUGCAGAGAAUGUGGGAAAUCAUUUAAAUGUAAAAGUGUCCUUACUACACAUCAGAGAGUACAUACUGGAGAAAGGCCUUAUGCGUGUAGUGUUUGUGGAAAAGCCUUUAAGAAAAGAAAUGUCCUUACUGUGCACAUGAGAAACCAUACUGGAGAAAGGCCUUAUGAGUGUAAAGAUUGUGGGAAAUGCUUUAAACACAAAACUAGCUUUAACAUCCACUUGCGAUGCCACACUGCAAAAAGACGUUAUGAGUGUGACAAUUGUGGGAAGUCAUUUAAGCAUAGAGGUGCCUUUAUUUCACACAAGAGAGUGCACACUGAAGAAAGGUCUUAUGAGUAUAGACUUCGUAAGCUACGUAGAGUAGAAUGAUAAUUUUCAUCAUUUGAAAGUUAAAAUGUAUGGUUGAGUUUAAAUGUUGGAAUUUUCCAUGUCUGUGAAGAAUUGUUUACUAUUUGCAUUGUUUAAAUAAAACACAGUAGAAUGUUUCC